AUGACAGAGGCUAAACAGCCAGUAAUAUAUCGAGACUUUAAUUAUGAAAUCUUCUUUAAUGCCAAGCUUUCUAACUUUGGACUUGCCAAAGAUGGUCCAGAAGGAGAUAAGACUCAUGCAUCUACUCCUGGAUGGGAACUUAUGGUUAUGCAGCUCAAUUUUACAUCAAAUAGUGACGCCUUUGGCAUUGGGAUGGUUCUGCUUAAGAUGUUGACGGGCCGAAGAUCCAUGGACAAAAACCGACCAACUGGGGAGCAUAACCUGGUUGAAUGGGCUCGACCCUAUCUUGGAGAGGGAAGAAGGUUUUAUCGACUUAUGGAUCCCCGCCUUGAAGGACACUUUUCAAUAAAAGUUGCUCAGAAAGCAAUUCAAUUGGCAGAGCUUUGCCUUAGCCGUGAUCCAAAAGCCAGACCUCUGAUGAGUGAAGUUGUUGAAGCCCUAAAGCCUCUGCCAAAUCUCAAGGAUAUGGCUUAUACUUCUUCCCUAUUCCAAACCAUACAGUUAGAGCGCAUUGGAUCCUCUUCGAAAUCUAGAACUGGCAGUAGAGUGCAGGCAGGGUUGUUGUUAAGGGACGGACAACCUACCAGAAGCCUGUCCUCUCCGAAUGGUCCGCAUGUCUCUCCGUAUCAUAAUAAUCAUCUUCACCAAUCACCCAAACCUACUGUUGGCCAACCUUUACAUUGAGUAUUUGCCCACCCCGGCUCUUUACCAUUUCAUUACAUGUUUUCGUUCCGGGGAUUCAAGUAAUCCUUGGAAAAUGAACAUCGGCCAUGAGUUUGGAAGUUCAUGCUGAAUUGUUCUUUCUUAAUAGUGGGUAUUUACGGGAAUGUUCUCCAAAAUGAAGUUGAUCAAUUCGAUGAAACUCCUGUGCGAAACAAUGAAGAGCUUUUUGGAAUUAAUGAAAAUGGUUUCCUCUUCAUUUCACCUUUUAAUUGUCUUAAUUCUUUUUUCAGAUUAAUAUCCUACUGUUUGUUCAUCGCAUAACAUUCGCACCACCAGAUGCUUUCAUAUCCAGCAAUUGCGACAAGAAAUGAAUACUCCAUUACUUGCCUUCGGUAUAUGGUGAUAAUUUGCUAAUUAUUGCACCUAGAGCUAGUUGGUGCAUUACUAAGUUGAGCCUACUUCAAAUACCAAAACUUUAGAAUGUUCAAUGGAUUCUGUUGUCGCUUCAAUAUAAGGUAAACCUCUAUGAUGCUUUUCUCCAGACAACCGUGAUAAUAAAGCAAAAGUUGUAGGGUAAGAGUUUUGUUUGGGAUUUAAGAAAUGAAAAUUUUAUCCAUUUGAAAGCAAUUUCUUGCGCUCAUUAAGGGAAAGGUGGAAACUGGAAAGCAACUAUGAAGUUGCAUUCUAAGGCCCGAGUGGUCUCCGGUAUGUCUCCUCAAAAUGUUUUGAAUGGUUGUUGUGACAUGACCAAAGCUAAAAAUUCUCCAUCACCCGGGAGUUCAGAAGGAGCUGGUGCUCUUGAUUUUUCAACAAAGCAAAAUCAGCAUACCCUCCUGUAAUCUGCACAAAAUGAGGUUUCUUUCUAUCCUCUUCCAGAGGGAAAAUAGUUUUUAGCUUUUGGAGCAUCCAUGGUGGGGUGUCCCACAUUGUCUUCUGUUGCUGGAAAUUUUCAAAUUAUAAGUUAUGUUUUAGUUGAAUUUUGGAGAACAUAGGAUUCAACAGUUAAAUAUGUGAAGUGAAAUAGUAGAAGU